AUUGCAGUCACUCGUUUUCGUAACAGUUUGACAUCCUUCUUAAAAGAUAUUACAAUUUUUGUGUUCGGUGAUCUGCAAUCAGUUGUUGGAAAACGUGGACCAGUGUCACAGGUGAGGUUACGGUUUCAAUGGUCCUAA